CAGGAGCCGUGUGCGCACGCGCGGAGUCCCCGCAGGUGGCUGCCAGGUGGGAACCGCUGACCAUGGAGGCUUUUGUGCGUUUCUCCAACCAGACGCAGGGUCGGGAGCGGCUCUUUCGUGCAACUCAGUAUUCGUGCAUGCUGCUUAGCUAUGUGUUAGAGAAUAAGCGUGGCAGAGAAGAGGUGGUAAUGAAGCUCAAACACCUGGAAACUAGCAUGAGUUCUGGCCGCAAGCUAUUCCGGCUCGGCAACAUGGUGCACGCCGUCGUGGCCGCCCGGCAGUCCAACCAGUUGCCGGAGCUGGUCCCCCGCUUCUGCCUGACCGUCUCCAACCUGAACCGGGCCUUGUACUUCGUGUGCGACAUGCUCCUGUGGGUGAGAAGCGUGGGGCUCCUCCCGAACAUCAACAAGAAGAAAUGGCGCAAACGGGCCACCAAAUGUUAUUACUACUCCCUGGUGAUGAACCUGGCUGAGGACUUGUAUGAGCUCUGCCGCUGCAUGGAGCAGACAGCACGGACAGAGAAGGACCAGGAGGACUUGCCGCCGUGUGGCCAGCGACUCCGGAGUUUCCUUUCCCAUCUCACAGGGGGGCUGCAGCCUUUCCUUUUCCUUCUCUGCCUCACCUUGAGGAAGCACCCCCCUCUCUUGCUCGACACCCUGAAGAACCUUUGCGAUCUCUCGAGCCCCUUGGACCGGCUGGGAAUCUACAAGACCAACCAGGGAGUCAUCGGGCUUUGCGGUAUCAUCUCCUCCCUGGUCGGGAUCCUGACAAUUGCCAGUCCGAGUCUGAGGCUGAAGCAUUGACUCCGGGGUUCCCUGGAUAGCCUCUUUCCUCCUCGCUUUCCAGUGCAACCCUUUGUUGGGAGCCAGCGUGGUUUAGUGGUUAAGAGCAGGUGCGCUCUAAUCUGGAGAACCGGGUUUGAUUCCCCGCUCUGACACUUGAGCUGUGGAGGCUUAUCUGGGGAACUGAAUUAGCUUGUG